UUUUUCUUUUUUUUUUCUGGGUUCUUCUUGCGGCGGUACAGAAGCGGCGACGAGGGUUUUUUCCUUGGUUCAGUCGAUUUUGUAAACUUAUAAGUUGCAGUUCGUUUGAUGUUCUCUCUACUGUGCCUUUUGUAGCAGGAAAUUUAGGCUUGUUAUUUGCAUAAGAAAAGAAUGAGGUUAGAGAAGUGUUGGUUCUGUUCCUCCACCAUAUAUCCAGGACAUGGUAUUCAGUUCGUUCGCAAUGAUGCCAAGAUUUUUAGAUUUUGUCGGUCAAAAUGCCACAAGAACUUCAAGAUGAAGAGGAAUCCCCGUAAAGUUAAAUGGACUAAGGCAUACAGGAGGUUGAAUGGAAAGGAUAUGACACAGGACUCGACUUUUGAGUUUGAGAGGAAGCGCAACAGGCCGGAGAGAUAUGACAGGAAUCUCACAGAAGAGACAUUGAGGGCUAUUAAGAAGAUCGAUAAAGUCAGAGCAGAUAGGGAGUCGAGGCACAUUGCACGCAGAAUGCAAGGAAAGAAAGGAAAGGAGCUCAAAGAGGCGCGCAAGGAAUUGGAUCAGAGCAUCAGUUUGGUCAAAGCACCUUCUGUUCUCAAGGAGGAUCCUUCCCUCACCCUUCCUAAGAUCAAAGUCAAGGUGGCACAAUCGCAAGCAGAGCAAAAUCAGGCUAUGGAACAAUGACCUUGUUACUCUCAUCAAAUGUUUACGCCACAAUUCUUGUGCACAUCAUGUGGUAGUUUGCCAUCGUCUGUCCUUACAAAGGCAUGGUUGUCAACGUGUCAUUUGAGACUGUUGUUUGAAUACAGACUCUUAGAAUUUUUCUUGAAUCAUUUCUUGGCGCUGUUUUAAUUUGUAUGUUUCCUCACCUCUUGCUUCUUUGUUGAAGAGGGCAUGUAGAGAUGAAUUCACAUUGGAGAUUGAUUUCUAGAUUGACUGUAGGUGGUGGACUCGACGGAUGUUUUGGGUUCUAAAUGGAACGGCUAAGAUAUUUAGUCACUUAUAGAUUGGAAGUUGGAA